GCAACACCGCGAACGUAAACACAGUCGUGGCAGACGAAGGUUCGAGGAUAGGUCCUCACACUUGAAAGAUGCUGCGCCGUAGGAAAACCACUCUCCAGACGGUGAAGAGCCUCGACGCCUUCCCAAAAACUUCUGAAGAAUGUGUGGAAUCUACACCUACUGGAGGCACAAUGUCCUUACUGAGCCUCACAGUGAUGGUGUGGCUGGUUGUGAUGGAGAUCAUGUACUACAUGGAAACCAGCUUCAAGUUUACCUUCAAGCCUGACACAGAUUUUUCUGAAAAACUCAAGAUUAAUGUAGACCUGACUGUUGCCAUGCCGUGCAAGUAUGUUGGGGCAGAUGUGCUUGACAUGACAGGUGAGCAAGUCAUGACGUUUGGUGAGCUGGAGAUGGAGGACACGUGGUGGGAGUUGGAUCCUGACCAACGGGCGCACUUCGAUGGUGUACAAAGGGUAAACAGUUAUCUCCGUGACCAGUUUCACUCCAUCCAUGAGUUCCUGUGGCGGAGUGGGUACACAAAUAUUUUUGGUGACAUGCCUCCAAGACGCCGAUUUCCACAGAAAGAAAAAGAUGCAUGCCGCAUCUAUGGACACCUUGGAAUCAACAAAGUGGCUGGAAACUUUCACAUAACUGCAGGUAAAUCCAUCCCUCUGCCAAGAGGCCAUGCUCACCUGGCUGUGUUUAUGGAUGAGCAGGACUACAAUUUCACACACCGUAUAGACAAGUUAUCUUUUGGUGAUGCUUCUCCUGGGGUUCUGCACCCUCUGGAAGGAGAUGAGCAGAUAGCUGAGAAAAACUUUUUAACCUACCAGUACUUCAUUAUGGUUGUGCCGACCAAGGUUGAUACGUACAGCCACCGUGGGACAACCUUUCAAUACUCAGUCGCAGAACAGCACCGUGAAAUAUCCCAUGAAAAGAAUUCACACGGCACGCCAGGCAUUUUCUUCAAAUAUGACGUCUCGGCUUUGAAAGUGGAGGUCGUGGAACGGCACGAACCUUUCCUUGAAUUCUUGACAAGAUUGUGUGGCAUUGUUGGGGGAAUUUUUACAUGCUCUGGUUUAGUAAGCCGUUUUGUAGGCUUCUUGGUAAACUGCUUCACAUGCCGCUACUUCAUGGCCCAAAAAGCAGCUAGCACUGAAGAAGAAACAUCAAAGCAGUCAGUUGUACCUUCAGCUUCCUUGCUCCAGGCAGUGAAUCUGUCACCACCAGAUGCAGGUCCCCAAUUGACAUCUAAAACAACUACUAGCACACCUUUACUAGAGGCGCCAGGGAUGGGGAGCUUGAUGACUUGACAGUCUUGUAAGAAGCUAUAGAUUCAUAUUUUUAUAUACUAAUACUUUUCUUUCCUUCAUAAGUAUAAUUUAGCUGUUUGCUUUCACUUUUUUUUAUCAAUUUUUUCAUCUAUUUAAUUUUUUAUUCUUUACUUUUUAUUUAUUAUUUAUUUAUCAAUUUUUUUUUAGUAUUUAGUAUUUAGUAUUCAAGACAUUCCUACUCAGAGACUGAAGUUUCCAAAUCAGGUUUCCUAGUAAGAUUUUUUAAUUUGUUGACUCUCCGAGAAAAUGUUUUUUAAUCUACUUUCCAUAGCCAAGUAUGGAAGUACAACCAGUUCCCAUUAUCCCCGUGCCAUUUCAGGGGGUCGCUAUAGAAUCUCUUUCGUUUAUUCUUUCAGGAAUUAAUCUUUUAUUUAUGUGAAAAUAGCUUUGUCUUUGUAUGAUAAUAGCAUUUUCUUUAUCAGAAAUUAGCAAUUUUUUCAUCUGAAGGUAGAGUAGCUUUUUCUCUAUAUGACAUGAACCUUUUUCUUUAUGAGAAAUUAGUUUUCUUGUUUUUAGAUUUAUUUCUAUUUUUCUUUUAGCAUGUACUGAUAACAGAGUAAACAGAUUAUCAAUCUUUAGAUUUGACUCUGAAUCAACUGAAGCUGUGACAUUGCAAAUAUUAUCAGAUAUUAUUACUACUACAAUACUGUAGGAAUCAAUUUGCAAGUGUAAUACAAAAAAAUAUUUAUCUUAGGUGAAAAGUGCAAUUUUCCGAACUGCUUGUGUUUGCUAGUCCUUACGUAAUGUUACAUAUUACAUAUGAUAGUUAUAUUGCAUUCAGAUGUUGCAAAAAGAUUUUUAAAUUUUAUGCUUGUCUUUAUGAUUUUAAUACAAGUACUGGUUUUAGUAUAUGUAUGAAUUCUUACAAUUCAGAUAAUUUCAUUUUAGAAAAUUAUAUGCAAGUUGUGGCAAUAUCAGAUAGUACAUAGGUGAUUUGCUUCUAUAGUCGUUUUAUUAAUGAUCAUUAUUAUGUCAUCGUCAUUAUACUCAUAUAAAUUAUUUAUAACAGAUGUCAGUUUUUUGUCAGCUUUAUUUAUAUGAUGUAAUUUUUUCUUGUAUUUUAUAUAGAAAUUGUAUGGCAUUUUUAUCAGUUAUAGAGUAAACUUUAGUUUGGUAAUAUUUCCUUUAACUUUGAAUGAGACUUGGUUUUAAGAUUGCCAUUCUAAUAUAUUACAGUACAAGGUUAUUGCAUUUACAAAUGCCUUUUUUUAUUAGAAAAAAAAAUUAGACUAACAAUAUGAUAAAAGAAUAUUUUUUUGUUAUCAUGAAUUGGAUUUCAAGACCAGAUAGUGCCUUUGAUUAGACUUGUGAAUUUUGAUUAUUAAAUGGAUAGAAAGGAAAGAAAAUGGAAAGAUCCUGUUUAACCCCCAAAGGAUGACAAGAUUAGACCCAUGUGUGCACACAGGACAGCAAAAAAAUAUUCUUUUUGUUUGGUCUGUUCUAAUGGAUGAUGUUUAUUUUUUUAUUUAUUUAUUUUUUAUUUAUUUAUCUAUUUUUUUUUCUUGGGGGGGAGGGGGUCAGUCUGCGCCUGAGGAUAAAAAUUGUCAAAAGUCCUUUAGCAGUUAAGCUGUUUAUGAAAUAGGAUUGAAAGAUAGAUCAAGUUUGGAUAAUAUAUUUAAUUACAACAGGGUUGUGUGAAACUAGAAAGAAAUAAAAUGUUUGCCAGACUAUUUUUAUAAUUUUGCACUUCUAGAAAUAAGAAUGUAGAUUUUAUCAUGUAAACUGUGUUUCAGAUUUGCAUUUUUAAGUUAUUGAAUUUCUUUGAGCUGAGUUGUAUUGCACUUGAAAAUAAAACAAUGACCAAAGUGUAAAAUAAAAGAACACUGGAAUUCUUCAAAUGUUGAUUUAUUUGAAGUGUACAUAAUAAGUUAUAAGUCACAAACAUGAACUUUCUCGUACCUUCAAGAUACAAUAAUAGAAUAGCAAAGAUCCUCAGGGCGUCCCGAUACAAAUAAUAAUCUGGACGUCACUGGGUAACACUUAGAUAAUAGAAAGUGAUGCAGUCUAAAAAUAGAAAUUCCAACAGAUAUGAAAUGUUACACAGAAAAAGUUUUUUUUUUAUUUUUUUUAUUAUGUACAGGACACAUUGAAACUGGAAAUUUGCAUCAAUGCAUAAAAUUCUGUAUAAUAUUCAUAUGACAAAUGUGCAGUAGGACAUUCCAUGCAAUGAACAAGAAGUGGGAUUUUCUUGUAAAGCCCAGUAUCUUGGUAAGUACAGAGUUCUAUUUUCUAACUUCCAGCAUUUUAACACCUUUCAUUCUGUCCUGCCAGCUUACACAUCCAUUCUGUGCAUACCAAACAUUUAUGUCAAUUUUUUUUCCUCUUUUUAACUACCAAAAGCUAAGUGAUGUAUGAAUUUAGCUGUAUCCAAACAGCUUCCCUGCAGUAACUUGGAGAAAUUCUGAAAUUGUCAUAAUGGACAUUUCAAAAUGUAAAAUUCUGAAAUCAAAAUCUACGGAUAAAUGUCCCUGAACAUUUAUUUUUCCGUAUUUAUUCAUCUAUUUAUUUGAAACCAAUUUCAUUAUUUAUAGUACACAAAAAAGGCAAAUGGUUCAAUCAUUAAUAUGAAAACUUUUUUUUUCCCCUCAUGAAAUCACAAAAGUCCCAUCUCAUCAUAUUUUUUCUGCUAUUCUCAGUCCAUAAUCACUCAAAUUAACUUGAAGCUUUGGUCAUUGUCAGCAACUCUACUAUUUAUAGAUUUUGGAAUUUUAUAUAUAUUUUAAGCUCAAUGUAAGAGUUUGUUUCAAGUGAUUGUAAUAAACUGUAUUCAUUAAGUUUGUUAUCUGUAUAUCAAUAGAGACCCUGUUAUGUAUUGCAAAAUUUGUUCAUUAAAUGCUAAUUUUAAUGAUGCAAAAUAUUAACAUUGUCAAGCACUGAAACAAUUUUAUCUUGAAAACAGGAGUUGGCAUCAUGAACAUCAAUUUGGUUGGAUAUUAAAAAUAUUUUGUUUUCAUCAAUUAAUUCUAGUUUAUCAUCCAGAUAAACAUGUUAUUCCUACAUCGUAUUCAGCUAAUUGGUAUGUACAUACUUUACAGUUGUAGAAGAAAGGGCGAGUUUUAAAAAAAGAGCCUGUAAUAAUGUAUGCAACAUACUCAGCCAUUACUACUUCAGAAAUCAUUCACAUUUUGCAUAGAAUAACACAUUGUAACUCAUUAAUGGAAAGUUGACAAAAGUAACUCUGUACUAUAUAAGUAGGCUCAUUAUAUAGGUACAGCAAAUCACCUGAACUGAACCACCAGCUUUAGGUAUAUAACAGUGUUUUCUGCCUUUUUAUUCCCUGUCACAAGUAUUGCUGUGUGGAAAUCCUCUUUGGAGAUUAAUCAUUCACAAUGAGCUUUUUUCAAAAAAGGUUUCCUUGCCAAAGGUACAGGAUGUUUGGCAACACAAGACAGCCUGGGAGAAAGUAAUUUCUGGGGGUGUAAUGGAGCCCAGUCUAUAUUAAUUAUUUGUGCUAAGUUUAAUCAUUUACCAAAGUGAAAUGAAAUAUUUUAACAUUGUCUGAAAAAGAAAAAAAUGAUUUUUUUUUUUUUUACUGAGCAUAAAACUAUAAAAAUAACU